AUUUUACGUGAUUGCACGUGAACGCAGCAGAGGUGAGAGUUGUCUUGCGUUACAAAAUGACGGACCCGACUGCGUCGCCAGAGGACCACUGGAAAACAGACGGCACUUUCAGCGACAGCGGCUUUGACCCCAGUUUCUUUGCUGAAACUGCCAGAAAGGGUACAGUUGUGUCCAGGGCCAACAGCAUCGGCUCGACAAGUGCUUCUUCAGUACCAAAUACAGAUGAUGAAGACAGCGACUACAGACACGAGGCGUCUUAUAAGGACUCAUAUAAAGACCGGCGGAGACAAGCGCACACACAGGCUGAGCAGAAGCGUAGGGAUGCUAUCAAGAAAGGAUACGAUGAUCUCCAGUCCAUAGUGCCGACCUGCCAGCAGCAGUCUGAAUUCGCAGUGGGGGCACAAAAGAUCAGCAAGGCUACAGUGCUGCAGAAAACAAUAGACUACAUCCAUUUUCUUCAUAAAGAAAAGAAGAAGCAAGAGGAGGAAGUUUCAGUACUAAGGAAAGAAGUGAUGGCGCUGAAGAUCAUGAAAACGAACUAUGAGCACAUAGUGAAGGCCCACCAGAACAACCCACAGCAGGGAGAGGAUCAGGUGUCCGACCAGGUGAAGUUCAACAUCUUUCAGAGCAUCAUGGACUCCCUGUUCCAGUCUUUUAGUAAUUCUGUUUCAGUGAGCAGUUUCCAAGAACUCUCCGCCUGCGUUUUCAGCUGGAUCGAGGAGCACUGCAAACCACAGACGCUGAAAGAGUUUGUCAUCGGGGUGCUCCGGCAGCUCAACGGUCAGCUUUAUUGAUGGAGUGAAACCUCUGGAGCGAACUCUCUGAAACUGACUUUGGGCUUUGCUCUUGGCCUCUCAGGGUGGAGUGAAAACUCCAAUCAGCCUCAGGCCACACCACAGUAUUUACGCUCACUUCAGCUCAUCAGUGACUCCCUGGCUGUAAUUGGACCCACACUAUGGGCAGAGGUGAAAAGUUGGAUUGGAUUGAGCGUUGCGUGUUUUAGGAAAGAUCACUUUGUGAAUAUAUUUGUUCGUAUUUCUUACUAUGCUAAGAAAUGCAGGGGCCCGGAGGAUGAAUGUAUUAUUUAAUGCGUCAGGUAGACAAGAUAGUAUGGUUACAGUCAGUUUGCAGUAAUCGGCACCCUGGUGGGGAUAAAUAAAAACAGACUCCUCUCACAGAAUUAAUCAUAUUGCUUUUGCAACCUAUCAACCGAUGUAACAGGAACGGAGACGGUGAUGAAAAAAAACAUGUAAAAACAUGAGCGCACACACCUUCCUCUCUGUGACAUCUGAUGCUGAUCCAAAGGGCUCGUCUCCGCUUCAGUGUACAAACACUGUGAGUCAGCCGUUGCACUCCUGAACCAUAGCAGACGACGAUACUACUGCAGGGUCAUUUCUCCUAAUUCUGCACACACUCAGGAGCGUGCUCUAUAUCGCUUCAGGUUUGAUUAUUUCAUUCAUGCAGCAAUGACAAUUCGCUGAGGUGUGCAAUACAAGGAAGCAUAGAGGACUUUGGAUGACUUGUUUGUUUAUAUAUUGACUUUG